AUGACGAGGCGGUGUUCAGUGGUGAAUGCUGGAGCUAUAUGGAAGCCGGAUGAUGACUCCAAGGUAUGUGACAAGUGCGGCGUGCGAUUUACAUUCUUAUACAGGCGGCACCAUUGUCGGUGUUGUGGGAACAUCUAUUGCCACAACUGCACACAUAACUUCAUACUGUACGACACUACACGGGUGCGAGUUGUCAAGAACCCCGAGAGCUACUGGGAGUACCCGCCAUAUAGAACCUGUGACACAUGUUUCGAGACGUUAAGAAGCCAGAACCUCAUAUCAUCUAAAUAUCACUACGAAGAGAUACCUGAUGCCGACAGCAACGAGCCUGAUGAUACCUCUACAGACAUCGCAGACUCGACUGCCGGUACGACCACCACAGACACUACUGAUACGACAAAUACAGAUAGCAGUAUGAAUCACGACUCGCACGCAUACGAAAUGAACCAUUGUCCUCUGUGUAACCAGGAUCUACGGACAUUCCCAACGGAGGAAGAUGCGCAGCAACAUGUAGAGCGCUGCAUUACAUCAGCAGAGCAGACACAGCAGCACCAAGAGCAAGAGUCAGAAGAGCCACCCCGAUGUCCGACUCUACAAAACAGAAUGCUCGUCUACAAGAUCCCCACUACCACCGCCCCAGAGAAUGAACCCCAGGGGUAUCAGGAGUGCCCGAUAUGCUUCGAAGAGAUGGUGCCUGGUGAGAAAGUCGGGCGUCUGGAGUGUCUGUGCGUGUACCACUAUAGCUGCAUCAAGAGCUGGUUUCGGAAAAAACGGAAGGAAAUGAGCGUGGCCACCGCCCGCAAUUUUUGCCCGAUCCACGACGCAAUCACCCUCUGA